GAAUCCGUGUGGAGCUGGACAGCCAAUCGGUGUGGAUGGCGCGUGUUACGAGGCACGUAAAAAGAAAACCAUACUUUUUGUCUGUGUGUCUUCCUAUCGUUACGUGGAGCAGCCACAAAUAGUCCACUCCAACGUGAGUGAACGGCGAGAGAUCAAGGGUGACUCGAGCUAAGGAGAAUGGGGCCAUACUGGUUUGGAAAGUCUUCUCCUGAUUUCAUGUACUUUUUCACUUCCUUGUGCACCGCCCUGCCUCCUCGUAUAAUCCAAAACCUUGAUUGUACCUCAUACAGGGUUUAAUCAAUUUGAGAAUGGAAACAUCUCUCAUGUGCGUCCUUGGUCACUAGACUCGUAAAGGGGUGACGAUGUGGUAGCAUCAGGUGAAUUGCGUCUCGAUCAAUCGGCGCCUUUGAGCACGUUCGAUGUUCUGGGAAUACUCGAAUCGUUAUGAAUGGCGUCGAUUUCAGCUUGAAAAUUUUCCUCCUGCACGCGUCGCACGCACUUCUCUAAGGCCAUCUGCAACUGCCCACUGGUUUUAUCUGAAAAUUCCUCCAUCUCUGUUACGCUUCUUUCCAGUGCUGUAAGGCUCGUUGAGGUCUUAAUUAGCUGGUCGAUUCUGCUCUUUGAUGCGGUUACUGCUCCCAUGUGGACUGUGCACAUGUAGUCAUUCCAUGUAGUCACAGUUCGAAAAUUUCUGCAACAGCAGCUACAUGUGCAUGUAAAAUAUGAUGAAUCACGGAUGCGGACCCUUGACAGAACGGACCCCCAAUAUAGAAUAUCCCGCAAUUGGCACAAGCUCACGUAGCCCCACUUCUGGCCAAUGGAGGAGUCAAUGUCAAACAGACGAAUGGAAACGGACACAACAAAUUCGGCUCAUUGUGCAAACAAGGUUGUUUUUGAAUACUAUGAAUUUCAAGAUUUAAUAGAUGCUAAAGACCCUUUUACUUCUUCUUGGGUUGAGGCUAAAAUUGUUCGCAUUACCAAAAACAAAGAUGACAACCAAUUGGAAUACCAGGUUUUAUUUCAAGGACAUGAAAGAGAAAUUCCACUUCCACGAACAUUCAAGCAAAUGAGACCCAGAGCAGAAGACUACAACAUGGAAGAAAAUAAGAACCAAAAGAAAGAUUAGUUAGACGUUCAUGCAAGAUUAUUGUGAUUAUGAAAAAUGAACUGCCAUAUGUGAGAUGAAAUAUAAUGAGA